UUAGAUCUUCGAGCUGCGAAAUAAGCGAUCAACUACUGUUAACAGAUUCACUACAGGUUGAACAAUGUGGAUUCUGGUUCUUUUCACCUGUUCCCUGCCCGUUUCAGGUGCAUUGUGGGCAGAGCAGUAUGUAAGAGGAGUUGUGGGAAGAGCGAUCAGAAUUGAUUGUCACCAUGAAGCGAAUUACCGCUCACACGCAAAGUACUGGUGCCAUGGAUGGACUGUCCAAUGUUCAGUUUUAGUGAAAACAAAUUGGCAACAUGGAUGGAGUGGACGAGUGUCAAUCACAGAUAACCCGGAACGGGGAAUAUUUACUGUUACUAUGAAGGAUCUUCAUUCUGGAGAUACAGGAUGGUACAGCUGUGGAAUUUCAACACAAGGGACCGAUCCGAUGUUUAAUGUACAUCUACAAGUAUCUGAUGAACCCGUAUCUGUUCCUGUGCUUCGAUACCUGUCACCAGCAAGUGUCUCACGUCUCGGGGGCUCAGUGUCAGUUUCCUGUGAGUCCCUCCAGGGAUCCCUUCCCAUUCAGUACAGCUGGUAUGAACAAACCUCAUCUGGGUAUUACAAGAUCUCAGACACCAAUGAACUGGCUCUGCAUUGUCAAUCAUUCAACCACAAGCACCAUCAAUAUUACUGCAGUGCCUCGAAUCAGCUUGGAGCAAGAUCCAGUGGAAUAGUUAAAGUGACAGUCUUCAACAACAGAGAAAUCUGCAGUUAUGUGACAGAAAUCAAUGACACCAUUUCAGGUGCUUUAUGGGCAGAAGAUCAAGUGAGAGGAGUUGUGGGAAGAGCGGUCACAAUCGAUUGUCACUAUGCACCAAUGUACCGCUCACACACAAAGUACUGGUAUCCAACGUGGGAUCGCCAACAGAUAUUGUCAGUGAAUGCAAAUGGGCAAAAUGAGCUUCAUGGAAGAAUGACAAUCAGAGAUAACACAUCCCUGGGAAUAUUUACUGUUACUAUGGAGAAUCUUGUCUAUCAAGAUAGAGGAUAUUACAAAUGUGGAAUUACAACAUCUGUAAAUCAUCCAACCUUUGACAUUUUAGUACAAAUUUCUAGCGAACCCGUGUCUGUUCCUGUGCUUCAAUAUCUGUCACCAGCAAAUGUCUCACGUCUCGGGGGCUCAGUGUCAGUUUCCUGUGAGUCCCUCCAGGGAUCCCUUCCCAUUCAGUACAGCUGGUAUGAACAAACCUCAUCUGGGUAUCGAAAGGUAUCAGGCACCAAUGAACUGGCUCUGCAUUGUCAAUCAUUCAACCAGCAGCACCAUCAAUAUUACUGCAGAGCCUCGAAUCAGCAUGGAGCAAAAUUCAGCAGAAUAGUUAAAGUGACAGUUUUCAACAACGGAGAGAUCUGCAGUUACGUGACCGAAAUCAAUGGCACCAUUUCAGGUGCUUUAUGGGCAGAAGAUCAAGUAAGAGGAGUUGUGGGAAGAGCGGUCACAAUCAAUUGUCACUAUGCACCAAUGUACCGUUCACACACAAAGUACUGGUAUCCAACGUGGGAUCGCAAACAGACAUUGUCAGUGAAUGCAAAUGGGCAAAAUGAGCUUCAUGGAAGAAUGACGAUCAGAGAUAACACAUCCCUGGGAAUAUUUACUGUUACUAUGGAGAAUCUUGUCUCUGAAGAGAGAGGAAAUUACAGAUGUGGAAUUACAACAUCUGGCAAUCAUCCAACCUUUGACAUUUUUGUAGAAAUUUCUAACGAGCCCCCGUCUGUUCCUUUCCUUCAACUGUCACCAGCAACAAAUGGCUCAAGUUGUGGGGACUCCAUAUCAGUGUCCUGUGAGUCUGUCCAUGGAUCCCUUCCCAUUCAGUACUUAUGGUAUAAAAAGAACACAUCUGUGGAUUCAAAGAUCUCUGAUACCAAUGAACUGGAUCUACAUUGUCAAUCCUUAAAAUACAUAAACUAUCUGUAUUAUUGCAAAGCUUCAAACAGACAAGGAGAAAUAUCCAGUGACAUGGUCAGUGUGUCCAUCUCCAACAGUGUCAGCACCUGCAGAAAUGUGAUUGAAGUCAACAGCACAGAGCCAAUUGAUUUCUGUGAAAAUACUGUGAUAGAAACCACGACAACUGCAAAAGGGGAAGAAUCUUCAUCAACUAAAAUGCUCAUUUACAUAAUUGUGCUCAGUGUCAUUGGAAUUCCUCUCAUACUAGUUGUUGUUUGUCUACAUUUCUGCCUGAAGAAAAAAAACAGGGAAUCAAAGCCCAAAACAUCUCAAAGAAAAGGCAACAAUGAUACCCAGGAAAUGGCCACGUUGGAAGAACAUGUUGUUUGUACAGAUCUACACCAUGUUCGAAAGAAGCAGGCAGCUGCCCAGUCAGUGAAAAAUGAAACUGGAAUUGUGUAUGCAGAAUUGAAGCCCAGAACUUCUCACAGAAAAGGCAACAAUGAUACCCAGAAUAUCGGUAAUUUGACAUGUUUAACAUGUGGAUGCUUUAGAUUUUCAUGAAUGAAGGCUUCGGCGCUGGAUAGUGUGGCUUGUGCAAAGAUCCUUACCGGCCAAGUAGGUCAGUCUUCCUGUAAUUUAACUACCAGGCAAUAUUGUGUAAAAGUUGUGCCAAAGCGUACCCUUUGUCUAACUUUAUUGUAUCAUGACUGAUUAUGAAUGUAACAGUGUAAUCUGAAUGUUUAGACUCUGUUUGGAAGUGAAGCAUGUGUGUACUAAAAGGGAGUAGAGGUCUUAGAGGAGAUGUAUUUGCUUACAUUUUUGCUGCUCUGUAUAAGGUACAGAGUUGGUGGUGUUCUAAUGAUGUUUGUAUUGUGUUCCUUCAGAAUUGCCACUACCGUAUUAGUUUUGUGUGGUUUGCUUUGUGUAAUUUUAUACUGUAUAAACAAUUUGUCGAUACACAAGGGUGUGGAUCGAAGGUUAAACUGAGAUUGUAAUGGCAGGAAAUGGUUGUAAAUUUGUUUGUUUUGUUUUAAGACUCUCUUCUGGCAAUAAAACAGAUAAAUGAAUUAA